GAUGCCUAAGGCGGAAAGGCUUGGAGCUGGUUGCCGAGCAAGGAAAGUGGAUACAAAUGGUGCGUCAUUGCCAGACAAGCAAGACCAAGUCACAAGGUCAUGCAUGAGCAGGGGAAGUCUUCACCCACCAAAAGACUAAAGUCCGGAGGCGUAACUUACGAAUCCAGGCAGGUGUGAGGUGCGAGGCCCAGGCCACACCCACCACUAACCGCCGAAACAGGCCGCAAGCACGCGCAAUAAGCUUCCCCCAGCCAAGCACAGCUCGGACGGUGCUUUCCUCCGCCUCGCUUGCCUUCUUACCUUUCCCGUCGUUAUUAACCAACCAUCUUAUCUCCUCCAACUCCAUCUUGCAUCUUGCAUCUCAACUCACCAUCUGCAUCUCCAUCUCCCAUCUCCAUCACAGCUCGUAACAUUUUUGUCGAGCUCUUCCAUCACUCCAUUUACUUGGUCGCAUUAUCGACCCGAUUGUCCAUCAUGAAGGGCGCUCUUCUUACUGCUGCCGCGCUCCUGGGCUCUGCCCAGGCCGGUGUUCACAAGAUGAAGCUCAACAAGGUUCCUCUUGCCGAACAGCUUGCUACCAACUCCGUUGAGGACCACCUCCAGAGCCUCGGCCAGAAGUACCUCGGUGCCUCCCGUCCCAAGAAUGCUGCCGAUUACGCCUUCGCUACCAACACCGUCAACGUCGAGGGUGGCCACCCCGUUCCCGUCUCCAACUUCAUGAACGCUCAGUACUUCUCCGAGAUCACCAUCGGUACUCCUCCCCAGAGCUUCAAGGUCGUUCUCGACACUGGUAGCUCCAACCUCUGGGUUCCUUCCCAGCAGUGUGGCAGCAUCGCCUGCUACCUCCACUCCAAGUACGACUCGUCCGCUUCCUCGACUUACAAGGAGAACGGCACCGAGUUCGAGAUCCACUACGGAUCUGGCAGCUUGUCUGGUUUCGUCUCCAACGAUGUUGUCUCCAUUGGCGACCUCGAGAUCAAGGACCAGGACUUCGCUGAGGCUACCAAGGAGCCCGGUCUGGCUUUCGCCUUCGGUCGCUUCGACGGUAUCCUCGGUCUCGGCUACGACCGCAUUGCUGUGAACGGCAUGGUCCCUCCCUUCUACCAGAUGGUCAACCAGAAGCUUCUGGAUGAGCCCGUCUUUGCUUUCUACCUCGAUGACCAGGAGGGCGAGAGCGAGGCUACCUUCGGUGGUAUCGACAAGUCCAAGUUCACUGGAGACAUUGAGUACAUCCCCCUCCGCCGCAAGGCUUACUGGGAGGUUGACCUCGAAGCCAUUGCUUUCGGCGAUGAGGUUGCGGAGCAGGAGAACACUGGUGCCAUCCUUGACACCGGUACCUCCCUGAACGUCCUCCCCAGCGCUCUCGCUGAGCUUCUGAACAAGGAGAUUGGUGCUAAGAAGGGCUACAACGGCCAGUACACCAUUGAGUGUGACAAGCGCGCUUCUCUUCCUGACAUCACCUUCAACCUUGCUGGAUCCAACUACAGCCUCCCCGCCACCGACUACAUCCUCGAGGUUCAGGGCAGCUGUAUCUCUACCUUCCAGGGCAUGGACUUCCCCGAGCCUGUAGGACCUCUUGUUAUUCUCGGUGAUGCUUUCCUCCGACGAUACUACUCUGUCUACGACCUCGGCAAGAACGCCGUUGGUCUGGCCCGUGCCAAGUAAGAUACCGAUGAAGUUUUUAUGUAUGAAUUACAAAUAGCGAAUGGAACACGCAGCAUGGACAUGGCUUUGGAUACUGGCAUGGGACUAGUUUGAAUUGUAUGACAGACCAUGAGCGUCAGGAAUUGAGAAGAUGGCUUCUCGUACUUGUUGCUCAGUAAUAUGAAUCCUAUUGACUUUUUGCCUA